AUGAGAGAUUUUAUACUGGGUUUAUUUUGUGAUCUAGAGUACGCAUUUAGAUGUAACAAAGAGAUAUUGGUAUACAAUGAUACGAAGAAAACUAUAUUAAGAUUGUAUGGAAUAUACAGUGAUAAUGUAGAGGAUGUUGGUAAAAGUUUAAGAAUUUUUAUAGAUAAAAGUAUAUCAACACCAACUAAUAAAAAUGCACUAAACUUAAUUGUUUAUAGCGACGUAAUACAGAAAAAUAACGUUCUUCAAGAUAAAACAAAUUAUAUAUACGACAAAUCAAUACUAAGUUCAUUAUGUGAUAUUAAAAAACUAGAAGCUUUUAUACAAUAUGGAUCAGUUAAUUUAAUAAAUGAUUAUAAUAGAAAAUUAAAUACUGAUAUUCUAAAAAUACACAUUUAUGAUUAUAAUUUGAUUUAUGAUAUAUUUGGGUUUGUUAUGGGGAUAUUUUUAGUAAUAUGUGCUUAUCAUGUGGGAAAGUAUGUAUUGGGAGUACUGACAAAAUUAGAACCUGAUUAUAACAGAUAUAAAUUAGAAGGAUCAUUAUGUGUUACUAAAGAUUGUUUACCUGACAAUGUUACUGAAUGUUUAAUAUGUUACGCCAGCUUUGAAGAUUCAGACGAUAAAAUAAGGAAAUUACCGUGUUCUCACUACUUUCAUGCUGAAUGUGUAGAUAGAUGGAUAAUUAGUAGAAAUAGAGUAUGUCCUUUAUGUAGAACAAUUGUUCCUGUUAUUGAUACCUAUGCAUAA